GACACUGCAACACAGACCAGCGCUGCUAUCAUGCUUUUAGAGGAAACCUGCUAGUUAGCUAACUAGCUAACUUAGGAGACAACUUUAAAAGCGUGUUCAUAAAGCAACCUAGUCUUCAGCUACGCGGGCGAAAAUGAAGACUGAAGCAUCGGUACGAUAUAAAGGAGCUCGUUCAUUGAGCUAUGUCCUCCGAAAGCCAGAGUGUUAUUAUGGGCAGACCUGAGUUACAAUGAUAUGGAGGAAAUUGACAAGGCAGACUCUAUACCAGACAUUGAAAGGAUUCUGUGCCAUUCACUGAGAAUUGAGCUACCUGAGCCACGGCUGGGAAUUCUGCUCGAGUUGUACACAAAUAUAGUGAUGUUCUGCAGGGAGCAACACUUCAACAGAGAACAAACAUCUGUUCUUCUCUCCAUUGUAAAGAAUGUGCAUCAGCUUAACACAGAAACUCCCCUCAACAAUAUGGACCAGUGUUUCACCUACUGCAGUGAGCUUCUGCUUUGUCAUUCUGUCAGAAGACCUCCUUUCAGCAUCAGUCUUUUCAGUUCAGAAGAAGUAACCCAGAUUAUAAAAUAUCUCAUCAACACAUAUAUGAGACACUAUGUACUUUACAAGUACAUAUUCACACCUCAGAUGCAUUUGGAUUUAUCCUUAUCCUAUAUUGGAAUGCCUGAGGAUACUGUCACAGAAGAACAAGCCAGCGAAGAGUGUGUUACAGAUGCAGAGAAGGAAACUGAAAAGGAAUCAGUGGAAGCAAAUGAGCAAGACACAGCAUUGUCAGAAAUCUUGACCACCGACACAGAGACACCAAACCAAGGUCCAUCAUCAAAGGCAAAGCUCUGGUCAAUUGUGGAAAAGGAAGUAAAAGAAGAAGUGAUGCGCUUGACCACUCAACUAGAAAAACAGCUGCAGGAAAGUACUGAUCAGCUUAACACUGCGCUUACUGCACUGGAGACUAGCAUUCAAUCUAAGAAAUGACCAAAUGUCUACAUGUCCCCACAGACUAUAAAUAUAAAUAUAUCAGUAUAAAUGUGGUUUAUAUAUAUACUACCUUCAAAUGUUUGAAGUCACUAUUUUCAAUAAUAUAAAAUUUCAAUUAUAUAAAACCAAAUUUGUUUCACAUAGAUGUGUAAAGUAAUUGUAAUAUGAUGCUAAUAUUCUAUGUUUAAAACAAUUUGUGGGAAGCUGUAAAAAAAAAAAUAAAUGUUUCAUGAUGAAUGAAGCUGUAAAUGAUUCCAUAAUAACUAAGAAAGCUGUGUUGCAUUGAGAUUUUCAUAGUUAAAAUGCUGUUUAUAGCUAUUUGCGAUAAUUUUGUGACAAGAAAUUGCUACAAUUCUAUAACAAUUCUACAAAUUCUACAAUUCUAUAACAGUUUAUUAUUUAAUAACACUUGUAACACAAUUUUUUAUUUUACUAUGUCAUAACAUCUCUUCAAAAAUCUGUUCAAAAAUAAAUUGUGAAUAAACCAUCA